AUGAUCUAUCAUCCAUCUAUCCAUCCAUCCAUCUAUCCAUCUAUCCAUCUAUUCUAUCUAUCUAUCUAUCUGUCCAUCUAUCUAUCCAUCUAUCUAUUGUUUUAUGAUAUCUAUCUAUCUAUGUAUCUAUCUAUCUAUCUAUCUAUUUAUCUCUCUCUAUAUAUAUAUAUCUAUCUAUUACGUAUCUAUCUAUAUAUCUAUCUAUCUAUCUGUCUAUCUAUGUUAAAUAUAUCUAUCUAUCUAUCUAUCUAUCUAUCUAUCUAUCUAUCUAUCUAUUUAUGUUUAGGUAUAUCUAAGUGUAACUAUCUAUAUUUCUUAUCUAUCUAUUUAUCUAUCUAUCUAUCUGUCUCAUAUCAUAUCUAUUUUCUAUCUGUGUCUUAUGACAUCUAUCUAUCCAUCCAUCUAUCUAUGUUUAAGCAUGUAGAUAUCUAUCUAUCUAUGUUUAAUCUAUCCAUCUCAUCUCUAUCAUCUAUCUAUGUUGAAGCAUAUCUAUCUAUCUAUGCUUAA